AUGAUACAGACUCCUUCUCGUUUUGAUGCUUCGGACCUCGGUGUACACACCCUCGUACUCCCUUGCCUGGUGCACCUGGAUGACGCGAUAAAUCCGCUAUUUUCGUCAUGCGUUUCAGACUCAGCGGGCUUCACCGAGUCUGAUUGGCUCGUGAGCUUUUGGGAGAGGUUCGAAAAUCUGGUCAACACCGCGCCUCAAAGCUCAGCACGUCUAGCUUCCCCAGUCCUACGGAGUAUGAGAAUGUCUCCAACGAAGCAAUCUUGUCUGAUGACGCUAUCAAUCCUGUGCCUCUCGUUCAUUUUCAAUCUCCGUCUGUCUUGGGCCUCAGGACUCUCUGAAGAUCGUGGAUAUGGACUGGACAAGCCGAAUGCGCUGGGAUCUCUUAAUUACACUCUGGCAGACGCACAAUCAAGUUGUAUCAAGAAACCGCUAAGCCAACGACUAUGGCAAGACUUGAAACUGGAUGCUUACCUGGAGGAUUACAUCGGUGGAAAAACCUUAUCUGUGGUUGCUUUUGCUAAUCAAGUGAACAUGACGAACUUUGCCUGUGGGAUUGGCCGGUUCUGUGAUGCUGGAGAAUUAUGCAGCAGUGCCAAAGCACCAGCGUGGUAUAUUCUUGUCGGGAUACAAAACUGGAAUGAUAUGAUGAAUUCUAUCUACAAGUCAAUUGCCUUCGCGGUCGGGACAGUCCAAGAGCUGGCUCCUUCUAUGGUCUCAGAUUUAUCUCCUCCUAUGAGCCCAUUCCCGGUGAAGGUAGCGACCAUCAUCAACAUCAUCGCAGCAAGUGUUAGUGUAGUACCUGGCUUUCUCCUACCUGGGACCGGAGUUUGGUACUACCUAGUGUUGCAAGGUGCGCUUUAUACCACCUUUUCAGAGAUAGGAUUUUACUGUAGCGCUGUUCGACCACCGCCGGACGUGGUGAGUGGAUAUACCAAGUGGACACAUUACGCGUGGCUUCUCUCUUUACUUCAAGACCGUGGUCAGGAAAUGGUGGCCAAUUCGACACUGAUAACUCUUCAAAGCGGUAUCAGCACCGAACAAGGUAUCUACGGCGCUUUAAAGAAUGGUACUUUUCUCCAACCCGGUUCACAGCCGUCGUCAAUAGCUUUGGAGAGAUCACUUGAAGAGAUUAUCAAAGUACAACUACUCGCAGCUAUUUUGCGAUCACAGAACGUGUAUAUCACUCGGGGUAGCGACCCCUGCAACAAGUCCGGUCCUAAUGGAGCAUUCUCGGGUCCCGAUAUACUAUCCUAUUGUGGCAAAGAUGGAGUAAUGAUGAACAUUGUUCAGGCCAAUGGAAAAAAGACAAACAUGAAGUUCUAUGGAAGCGCAAAGAUAGUCGAAAAGCACAAAUUUUCCGUCGAGUUUUUGACCGAAUCGGCGUGGAAAUGCCAGUCAAAAUACAACCAAUACGGCUACAAUCCAUAUCAAAAUGGAACCGUUCCAACGGAUGUCAAUUCAGAUUGCCUUUUCAAUCUCCCUGUAUGUGAUUGUACUGAAACACAUAUUGCCAAGGCGCGUAAGAAGGGGAUGCACACUACAAAGGCAUGCCAUCUGGCAGGCGUUCCAGUAUAUGCAAAAGAUCAACAGAUGACUGAAAGAAUUGGGCUGUCCAGGUGA